GAGGUGCCAUCCUCUAUUCCUUUGUUGGCUUUAAAUCACAGGAAUUAAUCUGUAAACAAAAUGACAGUUAUUCUUCUGAGAUCCUGCUGACGCAGGAGGAUAGGAAUCAGAGAGAAGAUGAUAUUGUGGAUGGAAGUGACCUGAAGCAAUUCUUCGAGAACAAUUAUUCUCAAAUUUAUUUUGUAUUCUAUGAAAACUUCAUAACACUGGAAAAUAGCUUGAAACAAAAAGGGAAUAAAUCACAAAGGGAGGAGCUGGACUCCAUUCUCUUUCUUUUUGAAAAAAUAUUGCAGCUGCUACCUGAGAGGAUUUUUUAUCGAUGGCAUUUUCGCAGUAUAGGGUCGAUCCUGAAGAAACUUUUGCACACUGGGAAUUCUCUCAAGAUAAGAUGUGAAGGAAUCCGCCUGUUUCUUCUCUGGCUUCAAGCGCUUCAGACUAACUGUGGGGAAGAGCAGAUAUUAAUAUUUGCAUGCCUCGUGCCUGGCUUUCCACCCCUUACCUCCUCCCGGGGUCCCUGUACACUGGAUAACCUCAUUAGUCCUCUGAAUUCACCAGAUGUCAAGAUUUCUCCAGAAGAAAUAACCCCACUGGUGCCUGCGGUCUCUGGAGAGAAAAUUGCUGAAGACCAAACCUGCUAUUUUCUUCAGCUGCUGUUAAAGUACAUGGUGAUUCAGGCUGCAAGCUUAGAGUGGAAGAAUAAGGAGAACCAAGACACUGGGUUUAAGUUUCUCUUUACCUUGUUUAGAAAAUACUACCUUCCUCACUUGUUCCCAUCGUUCACAAAGCUGACCAACCUCUACAAACCUGUUCUGGAUAUUCCUGAUGUAAGACCAAGGCCAGUGUACAUCCCUGCAACCCGGAACAAUGAGAGUGUCUAUAGCACCAAGAUCCCCUACAUGGCAGCUCGAGUUGUUUUCAUUAAGUGGCUUGUUACCUUCUUCCUUGAGAAGAAAUACUUACCUGCUGUUCAGAGUGCGAAAAAUGGAGGAGAAAUGCUCCCUAAAAUCAUUCAGACUGUUGGUGGUGCAAGCCAAGAUAAACCCGCGGAGCUGGACACGGGCACAUCCCACGCCGGCGAGCAGGAGCGGAGCCACUCCAGCAGCAGCAGUCUGUCUGACAGGAGGCUCAGCAGCUCCAGCCUCUGCAGCGUGGAGGAGCAGCACCGCCCCGUCUACGACAUGGUGCAGAGGAUCCUCUUGUCCACCCGGGGCUACGUGAACUUUGUGAACGAGGUGUUCCGGCAGGCUUUUCUUUUGCCACCUUGUGAUGUAUCUGCGACACGGAAAGUGGUGAAGGUGUAUCAGAAGUGGAUACUGCAGGAGAAGCCGGUGUUCAUGGAGGAGCCAGACAAGAAGGACGAUGGGCAGGAUGCUGUUGACAACCUAGAAGAUUCCUCAGUGCAGAUGGAUGGUAAACAUCUCUCCUCUGAGCAUUCGGGACACAAGCGCUCCUCCAGCUGGGGCAGGACGUACUCCUUCACCAGUGCUGUUAGCAGGGGAUGUGUGCUGGAAGAGGAGGACAGAAAUGUUAAAGCUGGUGCUCAAGCAGCAUUACAGGUAUUCCUGACAAAUUCAGCGAAUGUUUUCUUGCUGGAACCCUGCCCUGAAGUGCCUGUGCUGCUGAAGGAGCAGGUGGAUGCUUGCAAAGCCGUUCUGAGCAUCUUUAGGCGCAUGAUAAUGGAGCUAUCUAUGAAUAAAAAGACAUGGGAGCAGAUGUUACAGAUACUCCUUAGAAUAACAGAAGCUGUGAUGCAGAAGCCAAAGGAAAACCAGAUCAAGGAUGCAUUUGCUCAAAGCAUGUCGGGAUUGCUUUUCCGAACCCUCAUUGUGGCAUGGAUCAGAGCCAACCUGAGCGUGUACAUCUCCCGGGAGCUGUGGGAUGAGCUGCUCGGUGUUCUCUCCUCCCUGACUGACUGGGAGGAGCUCAUCACUGAGUGGGCCAACAUCAUGGACUCUCUGACAGCCGUGCUGGCCAGAACUGUCUAUGGGGUGGAGAUGACAAACUUGCCCUUGGAUAAGCUCAGUGAACAGAAAGAAAAAAAACAGAGAGGGAAAGGUGGCAUUUUGGAGCCUCAGAAGACAGCUGUAGUGGGAAGAUCUUUCUCAUUAAGCUGGAAAAGCCAUCCUGAAGUUGUGGAGCCAAUGAGAUUCAGAAGUGCCACAACCUCUGGAGCCCCAGGGGUUGAGAAGGCAAGAAAUAUUGUUCGUCAGAGAGCAACAGCCAAGCGCAGCCAGUCUAUCAGCAACUGUGUGCACCUUUAUGAGGCUUUGCCAGCCACUAAAAGCGUCCCUCUCCUGCUUCACACUGUGAGCUCUCUCUUACCUGGUAUCUCUUACACCUCUUGCUCUCACAGACUGUCAGAAGUGGAAGAAUCUCAGCAGCUGGAAAAUCCGGCAGGAGCAGAAGCCUCGGGCCUGUUUGCAGAGCAAGAGCAGCAGCUGAUUCGGAGCAGCAGCACCUCGGACAUCGCAGAGCAGUUCCCUCCUGAUUUUCUCCAAGGUAAAAGGGCUGGAGCUUCUUAUAAUUCCACUUCUGCAGACUCCAGAUGUGUUCAGGAAAAUAAGGGAUGUGCAAAGAAGGAACAUGAAGCUGAGCAAGUACCAGUCCGAAGAAGCAGCAGCACAGCUGAGUUGGAUUUGAAGGCAGACUGGCAGCAAUCCCAUGGGAAUUGCAGAGAGAGAGAAAAAAGUGAGAGCGUCAGCAGUGACACGUCCAUUGGUUAUAACAACGAGGUGGAGAUUACUCUCAUCCCCUGGCAAGCUUCUGAAGAUGACCCUGAGGUGAAUGCCUCAGCAGAUGAUUGUGUGGAUGCUGAUGCCCCUCGCUGGCUUCAGCUUAGCCCCUCAGACACCGCAAACCUGACAGACAGCAGUGAGUUCCUUGCUGAUGACUGCAGUAUAAUUGCUGGUGGAAGCCUCAUCGGUUGGCAUCCUGAUUCUGCUGCCGUGUUGUGGAGGAGGAUCUUGGGAAUUCUUGGAGAUGUGAACAAUAUAAAGUCACCUAAAAUUCAUGCAAAAGUGUUUGGGUAUCUUUAUGAGUUGUGGUACAAACUUGCAAAGAUUCGGGACAACCUCGCUAUAAGUGUGGACAAUCAGUCUACUCCCUCUCCUCCUGUCCUCAUUCCUCCUCUCAGGAUAUUUGCAUCUUGGUUGUUCAAGGCAACCACCCUGCCAAGUGAGUACAAGGAAGGCAAGCUGCAGGCAUACAGGCUCAUCUGUGCCAUGAUGACGAGGCGACAAGAUGUUCUGCCUAAUUCUGAUUUUCUGGUUCACUUCUAUUUUGUGAUGCACCUUGGCUUGACAAGUGAAGACCAGGAUAUCCUGAACACGGUCAUCAGGCACUGCCCGCCCUGGUUUUUCUUCCUGGGCUUGCCUGGCUUUACCAUGCUCAUCGGGGAUUUCAUCACGGCGGCAGCACGGGUGCUGAGUGCGGACACGCUGGAGGCUCCCCGCUCCGAAGCUCACACCAUCCUUGGUUCUCUUGUUUGCUUCCCAAAUAUCUACCAAGAAAUCCCGCUGCUGCGGCCCGUUGCUGAAGCUGGUGAGAUCGUCGCGGGGACUGCGGAUGUGAAGUGUUACCUCAUAAAUAUCUUAUUGAAGAAUGCUACAGAGGAGCCAAGUGAACCUGCAAGGUGCAUAGCCAUCUGUGGCCUCGGAGUGUGGAUAUGUGAAGAGCUAACGCAGUGUACAAACCACCCCCAAGUGAAGGAAGCAAUCAAUGUCAUAGGUGUGACACUGAAGUUCCCUAAUAAGCUGGUAGCUCAGGUAGCCUGUGAUGUUCUUCAGCUGCUGGUUUCUUACUGGCAAAAGCUUCAGAAGUACGAAUCCUCCCUGUCCAGAAAAAUCACUGAGAUCCUCGUGGCCACUAUUGCAUUUCUCUUGCCGAGUGCUGAAUACUCCUCAGUGGAAGCAGAUAAAAAGUUCAUAGUUUCACUGCUACUCUGCCUGUUGGAUUGGUGUAUGGCACUGCCCAUGAAAAUGCUGCUGGAGCCCGUGUCUGCUGGUGCUCUUGAAGAUCAACAUGCAUCUAAAGCUCCUUUACUUGACUACAUUUACAGAGUUCUGCACUGCUGUGUGAAUGGCUCCAGCACCUACACCCAGCAGAGCCACUAUGUGCUCAGCCUGGCAGACCUCUCCUCCAGCGACUACGACCCAUUCCUGCCGCUGGGGAACGUCAGGAGCUCGGAGCCAGCCCAGUGCCACUCCUCCACGGACCUGGGCAACCUGCUCACUGUCGCCGAGGAAAAAAGGAGGAGGAAUUUAGAGCUGAUCCCUCUGACAGCACGGAUGGUCAUGACUCACCUGGUGAAUCACCUGAGCCACUACCCGCUCAGCGGGGGCCCUGCCAUCCUGCACAGCCUCCAUGUGGAGUCCUCUGAGCUGUCCUCGGAAGUCUUCCGGAGCCCCAACCUGCAGCUCUUCGUGUUCAAUGACAGUACUCUUAUAUCCUACCUCCAA